UGUCUUAAUAGACUAAAAUAUGUUUAUUCACUUGACGUAUAAACUAAUGAUGUACCGUUAUUCUGUAUUUACAUGUAUUAGUAGACUAAAAUAUGUUUAUUCACUUGACAUAUAAACUAAUAAUGUACCGUUUAUUCUGUGUUUAGAUGUAUUAGUUAUAGACUCUUUAAGUAAGGAUUGGUAUUUAUAGAGCGAAUGGUUUAAAAAAGUAAAAUUAGAUGUGGGGGUAUUUUUUAUGACUUACUUCAUUUUGUUUGAAUAGCCUAAACCCCCACAUUUCCUCUUUCAUGAAUCCAUUAUUCCUUAAGGAAUAUGUUAAGUUGCCUCACUUGGCAGAGCGUUAACCACAAAAAUAUAUGUUCUCGGCAUGACAUUAUUCACAAAAUCAGAUAUUAUUGGCAGAAUAUUAUCCACAAAACUAAGUGUUCUUGGCAUGACAUUAUCCAAAAAAUCAGAUGUUAUUAGCAGAAUAUUAUCCACAAAACUAAGUGUUCUUGGCAUGACAUUAUCCACAAAAUCAGAUGUUAUUGGCAGAAUAUUAUCCACAAAACUAAGUGUUCUUGGCAUGACAUUAUCCAUAAAAUCCGGACUUCUUGGCACAACACCUGGUAUUCUUAGCAGAAUAUUAUCCACAAAACUAGGUGUUCUUGGUAUGACAUUAUCCACAAAAUCUGAUAUUCUUAGCAGAACAUUAUCCACAACACCUGGUAUUCUCAACACAACAUUAUCCACAACACCUUGUAUUCUGUGCACAACGUUAUCCACAACACCUGGUAUUCUUGGCAGAACAUUAUCCACAACACCUGGUAUUCUUGGCAGAACGUUAUCCACAACACCUGAUAUUCUUAACACAACAUUAUCCACAACACCUGGUAUUCUUGGCAGAACAUUGUCCACAACACCUGGUAUUCUUGGCAGAACAUUAUCCACAACACCUGGUAUUCUUGGCAGAACAUUGUCCACAAAACCAGGUGUUCUUGGCAUGACAUUAUCCACAACACCUGGUAUUCUUGGCAGAACAUUAUACACAAAACCAGGUGUUCUUGGCAUGACAUUAUACACAACACCUGGUGUUCUUGGCAUGACAUUAUCCACAACACCUGGUAUUCUUGGCAGAACAUUAUCCACAAAACCAGGUGUUCUUGACAUGACAUUAUCCACAACACCUGGUAUUCAUAUGCACCGUUCAAAAUCCUUUUAUUAAAAUCUCCUUAGACUUAGCGUUACAAUUGGCCUGUAACAUCUUAAUUAAAGGAAAAGGAAAACAAAAAGAGAGCUUGUUAGAAUAUAAAUACGUAUAUGAGAGUAUUUUAGGUAUCUUAAUAAUUAUCUUCAUAAAACAUAUAUAGAAAAUAUUAGUUUCUGAGAUGAAGCUCGAGGACUAUGAAUAAAUAUCAAGCUAUGAUAAAUAAACACACGAAUAAACUUUCUAUUUAACACUAGGUGGCAGCCUCCAAACAUAUAUCAAUGAUGUGAGGCCUGACAUGGUAUGGUGGUUAGGGCACU